AUGCAUUUUCUCAAACUUCAAAUUCAAUAUGGAGGUGAUAUAAAUGAAACGAUUUUACCGACUAAUUCAAGUGAUCCAACAGUUGAAGAACUUCAAAAACAUAUUGAAAAACAAUUAAAUAUACCAACACAUGUACAACGUAUUAUGUUUAAAGGACAAAAUUUACAUGAAAAACCCGAAGGUAAAUUACGACGAUAUGGUAUAACAAAUGCAAGUCUUAUUCGAGUUGUUGGUCGAAAACAACCAAUACGACGUUAA